AUGAGCAGCAGACAGAGCAAGGAAGGAAGGGCUACAAUGCUGAUAGUUGACAUGGAUAUCUCAAGGUUGAUGGUCUAUAUGCAACAGGUUGAGGAAGAGAAGCUAAUAGAUAGGGAAGAGUUUAAGAACAAGAGAGCUAAAAUAAGGAAACGAGGGAGCAUAGCACAAGGGGGUGGUAAACCUCCUGCAUGCUCCAAGUGUGGUAGGAACCAUUCAGGUACUUAUCGUAAGGGCUCCACUAGUUGUUUCAAGUGUGUUCAAAAUGGAAAUUUCAUGCGAAAGUGUCCAAAGAACAAGAAGGGAUAUGGUAAUGGGGGCAAUACAACCCAGUCUUCUUCAGUUGCUCCAUUAAACAGAGCUGCACCUAGAGGUACUACUUCUAGUAAUGGUGGAGGAACAAACCACUUAUAUGUUAUCAACAGUCGCCAAGAGGAUUCUCCAGAUACUGUUACUGGUAUGAUCCAAGUCUUUGACCUUACUAUUUAUGCUUUGCUAGAUCCAGAAGCGAGUUUAUAUUUUGUAACUCCAUAUGUUGCUAUGAAUGUUGAUGUUAUUCCUGAGCAACUUAAUGAGUCAUUUAAUGUUUCUACACCUGUUGGUGAGUAUAUUCUAGCAGAUACUCUAUCGUGA